GAAAACCCAGAAGCCUGUUACGCUUGUGGGGUCUGACAGUGACCAAAAUGCUUUACUUUCAGUCAUACUUCUGUUUUUUAUCAACUUUUUGAAAUGGAAAUUCAGCCUGAACUUGUAUUUAAGUUUGCACAAGUGACCAUACUUUUACUGUAAUGAAAAGGUAGAAGUAGUGUCAUCAGGGAGAAAACUCUGGGCAACCUGUGACGGUAAAUCUGUCCUUAUGUAGACAGAUGGGUAGUAGGCUACGUAAAACAAAGUUGAUUCAAGCAAGUGUAUAUAAAAAGAGUGCUAAAAAAAUACAUCACUUGUUCAACUGGUUUUAACACGUGCACCGGAAAUGGGCAGUACAUUGGGGCGAGAGGAGAGUCUGCUCUGCGCGUGCAGCACCCGACACUCGGACCUGCUUUUACGCGCGGUCGUGUUGGAACACCUCGAGACAUGAGAAGCUCGAUGACAUCCGAAGAACAGGCGGCGAAGUCGUGACGUGACCCGGUCUUUGUUUACGAACAUUUUUUACAAAGAUUGGCCGCUGCCGCUCCGCGCGCACUGCGGCGUUUUGAAACCCCGGAAUACUAAGGCGCGCGGCCGCACCUCUGGGCCGCUGUGACGGGAGUGAUGCUCGCCCUCACCUUUGCCUGCAGGGCGCUGCUCGUCGUCCUGUUCUCGGGGUCUGUUCAGACCGAAAGGAGAGGGCCUCUCCUGAUCACAGAGAACAUGUGGCCCCGUGGUUGUGUCCUGGACUGCCAGGGAGGGCGCCACAGAGUCGUGUGUGGCAGCAACGGCAGGUUGUAUAAAUCACUGUGUGCCUUCCAGAGGGCACAGUGCAUCAACACACAGCUGCGUCUCGCUCCUCGCGCACACUGCUCAGAUCUGAGCCAGUCCAAAUGCCAGCUGGCUCGGGCUCAGGCCCUGGAGAAUACCGUCCACAGUCACGAUAGUCCUGCAGCUGCCAUGUUUGUGCCGGCAUGCCACCCAGACGGUCACUUCCUGCCAGUGCAGUGCCACAACCAGACCGGAUACUGUUGGUGCUCCACACCUGACGGCAAACCUCUCAGUGGGACCUCAAUCCUUCAUCUCAUCCCCGACUGCACUGAUCACAUCACCAAGUUGGCUCAGACAACUGAUACAGAUUCAACUCAAAUCAAAGGGGAAGUUGGUGAACCUGGGCCUACGUUGGAACCCAGAAGACCUGCAGAGCUGACAGCUCCUCCGAUCUGGAUGACCAUCCUGAUGAACUCAGUCAGAAGACCCACUGGUAAAAAAAGUCCUCAGACAUGCGAGCGUGAGCGAGCAUCACUACUCUCUCAGAAGCAUUUAGCCUGGCAGGAAGAGCGUUUUAUCCCAGUAUGCACUACAGAUGGCCGCUACAACCCCGUGCAGUGUCACAGAGCUACAGGUUACUGCUGGUGUGUCAGGGUUGAUAGUGGCAGACCACUGUCUGGCACUUCUGCAAGGAAUCAUGUACCAGACUGCUCUGGGGCAGAGGGAGACCCAGAAAGAACAUACAUCUCGUACAGGGAAAAAUCUCUGCCUGGGUGUCCCGGGGCUCAUAAGGAGAAGUUCCUACAGAGUUUGGUCAGAGUUCUGCAGCUGGAGCGAGCUGGAAGUCUGAGUCCCUACCAGAUUACAAACGCACCUCCUUCCAGUUCUCCCUCACCAUUUUCAAACUCUCCAACCUCUGCCACCCCAUCUUCAUCUUCCUCCCCCUCCUCACCUCUGAACGUUGCACCCUCCACUGCUUUGGAAGUUGUAGAGUCCUCCAGACCAGAGGCAGUGUUGCAGUGGCAUUUCAGUCAGCUGGACGUGGACUCCAACGGUGUGCUGAGCGAACGUGAGGCUCGACCUCUUCGUCAGUUCUUGCGGCGGAGGCUGAAGCCGCGACGGUGUGCCAAGAAGUUUGCUCAGUACUGUGACAGGGAUGGAGACCGAGGCCUGACGCUGGUGGAGCUGAGGGUCUGCCUGGGCCUCUGAAGUGGGUUAGUGCCAUAGUCAAAGCCACAGAGAGCAACGAGUCAAAUCACCCGAUGCCAAAGGCCAAUGUGUUUCCUACCACUUCAUUGUCAUCUUUCAAGGGUCUAUUUGUUCAUUCAUAAGAUCGUCGAAAUGUCAUUGCUCACAUCCUGUGCUUCCAACUCUGAUUAAAAGACAAAACAUUAUCUUCAUCCAUCAUCUUCACUCUUAUUAUGGUGAACCUCCCGGCUCUACAGGAUAUAUCGUUUAUCUGCUUUUUAUCAGUUUAAUUGGCAUUCUCACCCUUUACAGGCUGCACACAAGUUCCACGCAACAGACAUAAAAACAGUAACAUGUUAUGUUUUAUGUGUAAUCAUACUGGGCCUAUGACACAAUCUACUGUAUAUGGUCACUCCAAGUCAACAUUUAAUCAAACGUAAAUCACAAGUAUUUAUUUCACACGUUCAUCAGCAUAUUUGUUUGUAUGCAUGUGUUUUGCAAAUAUCAGCCGUCAUGUCUUUUGUGUUACUGAUGUGUCUUGAUGUGUCCUUCUUCCCUGAUGUGCCAUUUCCUUCACUCCUCCUUUUCCUUAAAUUAUAGUCGUGUCUCUGAAUCCUCUCCCCACUUCCUUCUUUUGUUUUACCUCUCACUUCUUUUCUUCUCUUCUUUCCCUAAUCUCCAUGUCCCUCACCAAACAUCCUCACCUCCUUCCCUUUGCUUCCUUCCCUCAGUCCCUUCUUCUUUCUUUUCUUGGUUUUGUACAUACUUUGAUUUCUCAUAAUUUAAACAAACAACUUAAACUUUACCAGGAUCAUGGUGUAACAUAUUUGGGUACACACAAUCAUUUGUUUUGUACAUCAUAUUUUAGACUAUUUCAGUCUGCUGCACUUGCCAAGAUAGAUUUAGUGUUUGCUAACUGAUUGUGAUUUUGAACAUUAGCCUGAUGAACAUCCAAGUAAUUCACAGUUUUUGAUGCAACUUCCUGAUAUUUGUAAAUGUGAUUUUAAUUAAAUGAUGGCGUCAUCUUCUUUUCAUUAA